UCGUGUACGUAUCUAUAGCGUCGCGGUGAACCUAGCGUCGUGGUGAUCACGUGUUAUCUAUCUUCUACAUGGAUACUGUGGUGAUCUGGUAGAACGAGAUGCUUCUCAACAUACCUUCAGGACUUCUACUCGUCGGGUUGUUGCAAGCAGUGGCGAGCCUGAGGCUGAAGGAGCUGACAGGACCCAAGUUCCCCGACCGUGGUGAGAAUGUCCACCUUGUCUGCAACUUUGACACCGGAGACGCCAAACUUUACUCCGUCAAGUGGUACAAAGAUGAGAACGAGUUCUUCCGGUACAUGCCAGACCAGAGGCCGCCCACUCAGCUGUUUCCGCUGGAGGGUGUGCUGCUGGAGGAGUCGCUGUCAGGUAUAGAUCACGUGACUCUGAGAGAUGUUACAUACGACACCAGCGGCAGCUACAGAUGUGAAGUCUCCACAGAGGCUCCUAACUUUGAAACGGUUUUCUCGAACCACAAUAUGUCCGUCCUAUCUUACCCUCAGGAUGAUCCUCAUCUGGUGGCCGCCCAGGAUGUUUACUCCUCCGGAGAGUUGGUUCUGGUGAACUGUUCAGCGCCUCCUACCUACCCUCCGCCCAACAUCACCUUCUACAUCAACAACGACAAGACGGAAGAGUGGCUGCUGGAGCGUGGCCCCGAGACGCCCCACGAGGAUGGUACCCGCUCUACAUGGACGGCACUCCGCUUCCACGCGGAGAGACAGCAUUUCCUCCCUCCAGAGGACGUGCUAGAGGUGCGGUGUGACGUGGCGGCGCCGCCGCUGCCGUCGUCGUCUGUUCGCACCCAUCUGUACCUCGCUACGCCACACUCUUCCCCCAACCAGAAACUUGCUCAAAAAACCUACAGGAAUCACGGGAGAGCUGUCGUCGUGCCAGGAAACAUGAUCCUGCUAGCUGUUCUUCUUUUCUGUUUAUGACAAUGAAUUUAAUGCAAGUAUAAUUCAAUGUGAUCAAACCAUGUUUAAUACAUUCCAUUAGGUGAGCGUACAAUUUGAGAAGUUCCUUAAACAAUUCUUCCGUUUAUGAAUUUAUUUUGGAACCUUAAAAUGCCAAUGUAUUUUCUAUUUGUUCAAAUUACGCUUUUCAAACCUGAUAGCUGCCAUGAUAUUUCAUAUUGUAAAUCUCAUAUAGCAAUAACAGUGUGAUAUAUUUUAAUCUGUUAAAAAUAAAUGGAAUAACUUUUUAAAAUCCCGUAUCGAUA